GAAACUUUCCUCAAAAACGGUAAAUGAGUAUUCAGAAAAAAGUUUCCGGAAAACGCACCUGAGUUUGAGGCUUUCAAAAAGGGGUCGAAGGAAAAGGGUCACACCCUAAAUUUGCGAACGCAACCUUCGGUCCCUUUUUCUUUUUGUUGUUGUUGUUCCUCUGAAUUUGUACCAUGGUGGCUGAUUCCAAGUCCAAAUCCGACAUCUCCUUCGCUGGAAUUUUUGCCAGCAGUGCUUUCUCUGCAUGUUUUGCUGAGGUGUGCACUAUACCUUUGGACACUGCCAAAGUUAGGCUUCAGCUUCAAAAACAAGCUGUAGCUGGUGAUUUAGCCUCCUUACCUAAGUAUAAGGGUAUGCUGGGAACAGUUGCAACCAUUGCCAGGGAAGAAGGUCUUUCCUCACUUUGGAAGGGUAUUGUGCCAGGGCUACAUCGUCAAUGUUUGUAUGGAGGCUUAAGAAUUGGGUUAUAUGAUCCUGUUAAGACUUUUUAUACGGGAAAGGACCAUGUUGGAGAUGUUCCAUUGUCAAAGAAAAUUCUUGCUGCAUUUACAACUGGUGCUGUGGCAAUUACAGUGGCAAAUCCAACCGAUCUUGUCAAAGUUAGACUUCAAGCAGAAGGAAAAUUACCUCCUGGUGUUCCCAGGCGCUACUCUGGAUCUGUAAAUGCUUAUUCAACAAUUGUGAGACAGGAAGGAGUUGGGGCUCUUUGGACUGGGCUUGGCCCCAACAUAGCAAGAAAUGGCAUCAUCAAUGCUGCUGAACUAGCCAGCUAUGAUCAAGUGAAAGAGACUAUUUUGAAAAUUCCAGGCUUCACUGACAAUGUUGUAACUCAUCUCCUUGCUGGUCUUGGGGCAGGGUUUUUUGCUGUCUGUAUUGGCUCCCCAGUUGAUGUGGUUAAGUCAAGAAUGAUGGGAGAUCCUAGUUACAAAAGCACCCUUGAUUGUUUUGUCAAAACAUUAAAGAACGAUGGACCCUCCGCCUUUUACAAGGGGUUCCUUCCAAAUUUUGGACGGCUUGGAUCUUGGAACGUUAUCAUGUUUCUAACUCUAGAACAGACUAAAAAGAUCGUCAAACGUUUAGAGCAUCCUGAGCUCAAUCAAUAACCUGGAUGAUUUUCUAUAGGGACUGGUUGCAACUGCAAAUGCAGUGGAAAUUGGAGAAAAUAAAGGUCUCUAUCUCUUCAUUUUUCUCAAUGGAAUGUAGUCAAAGCAUUUUUUUUAAGGGAGAAAAAAAAUUGAAAUAGCUGUUGCAAUCUAUGUUGUUGGAUUUCUCUUCCAAUUUUAUUAUGAAUCGAGCUUGGACGUGAGACUUCUUUUCAAAUUUGGUGGGGUUCAACCCUCAAAACCAAUGUAUCCAUUAAAGUUUAUAAACAGCCUAGACCUUGUUCAAGUUCAAUUUUGUCUUAUAACAAUAUGAUAUAGUAUUACCCCUUGUGGCUAUUAUA